AUCAGUGCACAUGCAACAUGUCAAAUUAAAAAAACUUGUCAGUUUUCAGGUCCAUUUCAUUUUUUUUUCUAAAUUUUGGUAAAAUUAACUUGCAUAACAGAAGUUAAUUACUAUACAGUUACGUAUUCAAAAUGAUGUAGAUGGCUCUAACGGUAAAAGAAGACACUUUUGAUUUUUAUCUUCGUUUUGCUAAACCUCUAGUACUGAAUCUUACCGAACCGGAUGACAGAGUUCUUGCGGCAGCGUGGAUUCAGAAACUUCGCGAUGAGAGCGUUGGAGACACUCGUCUCAGGACAGAUUACCUGAAGCUCUUACUUUUCGUUUUACAACGUGAUAAAUUAAUAGGGCCAUUUGCGGAAAAUCCAAAUAUCCACCAACAGCUCAAUGAAUUUCCACAGUACAAGUUAAAUGACGUGGCCAAAGAACUUUUGGAGUCAGAGGAACAAUUCCAUAAAAAACGUACCGAAGAAGGAAUUGGCGGAGAAAAUCCGCCGUACACCACAGAAUACUCUGCAGAUCUACUGGAAUAUGCAGCAGCCCAAAUUAUACCGAACUUUGGCAUUCAUGCCUACUAUGCAAUUUCUAACGAACCACUAUCCAGCUGGAAAAGAACAGAAAAAGCAGUUUUUCCGAGAGGACCAUCCAGUGCAACCGAAAUUGGUCACACGCAAUCGCCCCAAGUCAAUGAGUCACUAUCCCAGCCGUCAAUGGCUUCCAAACACGUUAAAUUUAAAUUUCAACAAAGAACUAUAUUUAAUUCCCCCGGUUACUCAGGUCCGGUUCCUCCAAAAUCGCCAAAAAUGUCGACGUCACCUCCCUUUACUAGUCCACCAAAGGGCGAGGGCGAAGGAGAACGGACGCCUCCAACUUGGGGUUCAAAUUUAAUAGGGGUUACAGAACCUCCCGUCUUAGAUCGCACUCCACCAUCCCCUUUAUUUAAAGAAUUAAUGGAUGAAUUGGGAAUGUCAGUACGGUCCUCCUCGGAAGAUACUAGUCCCAGUAGAAACGCAGCGGUGCGAUUUACCCCUAAACAUGGCGCUCAAGGGACCUCACCCCUCAUUUUACCAGAAGGAUUUGAAGACAUUCUCGACGAACAAGAACCUAGUUUCGUGGAAGAUUUUUAUUCCCCACCGCCUUUAAGUCCAUCGAAAUAUCCGAAAUCGUACAGGGAAAUGAUUUCGGAAGAAUUUGAUCGUCUUAUUGAUGACCGGCAAAGCCCUCAUUCGAAACUACCAAAGACUCCACAGAGAUCUCCGAAACCGUACACUUCGUCCAGCCCCGCAAGAACACCUUACUGUUCUCCAAUUCUACCGGAAGGGCACAGAGACCUAUUUCUAGAAGAUGAACCCAGUUUUAUAGGAGGUCCAUUUUCACCUCCUCCUUUAAGUCCGGGUGAAACUUGGGGAAUUGCCCAUACAUCUGGCGCUUAUGUUGACGACAGUAUAUUGGAGGAAGAACCUUGUCCUGCUUCACCGAGGCCACAGACCCGAACAGGUACACCAAGUCCUAUAAAAUCCCCUUGCCCAGCCAAUCCUUGUUCUCCUCGGCCGAUGACGCGAACGCCAAGUCCCGCAAGGACACCAAAACCCUACGCUUCACCAAUUCGACCAGAAGAUGUUGUAGGGAGUGCUUUUCCGUCUCCCUCCUCAAGUCCAGGCUUUGCAAGUACAUCUGGCGCUUACAUUGACGAGGAUGUAGUAGAGGGGGAACCUGGUCCCGCACCUUCUUCACCACGGCAACCAAUUCGAACUGGUACGCCAAGUCCAACAAAAUCACCUUGUGGAGUCGGGCCUUGCUCCCCUCGACCGAUGAGUAGAACAGGGACGCCAAGUCCCGCAAGGCCACCAAGGACACCAAGUCCAGCAAGGCCACCAAGUCCCGCGAGGAUCCAAAGACCUUACGUUUCGCCAAUUUUCCCGGAAGGAGGCGCAGACUUAUUUCUAGAAGACGAGCCUAGUUUUAUAGGAGGUUUCUCGCCUCCUGCUUUAAGUCCAGGUGAAACUUGGGGAAUUGCACCUUGUUCGCCUGGCAUACAACCUCGAACGGGUACACCAAGUCCAACCACUAGGUCCCCAAAACCCUACUACACCCAGAUUCUAGACGAAGAGGGAGAUGAUCUAAUUUUAGAAGAUACGCCUAGCUUCAUGGAGAAUGCUUUCUCACCUCCCCCCUUAAGCCCGGGCGAAGCUUGGGGCGUAGUUCGAGGUACACCACCCGACGAAUUCGAUGCAUUUGAUCAAAUGCUGGACGAAUUUGAGAAAGAGGAACCAAAGAGCAUCCGUCGUCCACCUCCAAAACGUACAGGAAUCCCUUUACCGCGUGGAACCAGUAGGAUACCAAGCGCAUCGCGAAUACCAAGAGCAGGAGGUUCGGCGACAGGAAUUCCUAGUCGAACGGGCCCAUCGCAAGGAUCCAGGAUACCCCAACCUGGUCAAAAAUCUAGAUCGCGUACUUCACGGCUCCCAACUAAACGCACUGCCCCUACUAAAGAAGUUGAUAUCUUGUUCGUAGACGACCCAAGCUUACCCUUGCGAACUCCUUCACCAAAACGGCCAGACAACGUGAUUGAAGAAAUUCCCCUCGUCAGUUCGCCCUAUCCAGCCUCGCCAGUUCGCCAAUUACAGCAACCUCCCGACCUGUUAGAAACACUCGGAUUAUCCUCGAACGAUCUGGGAGAUUUGGAGCAAGAAAACGAACCCGUAAUCCAAGAACCAACGGUUGCGUACACAAGCCCAGUUGAAGAAGUGUUUGAAGAAUCCGAAGAACCACAAGAAUUAGAAUUAGCACGCCCCCCUCUUCUGUCUGGAAGCUCACCUGCGGCGCAAGACAUAAUCGAAACCUUUAAUAGAGAAAACACAGUUAUAGAAGCUUUUCCUGGCGAGGAAGCUGCUAUGCUCCCAACAUUAUCCGAGGGUGUAUAUUUGGACGAUAUUGACUUCCCGGAAGCAGACGAAUACGAAGAAAUGCACGUGUCUGAACGAUCACCAGGUGCAACAAGGGCAGAUGUAUCUAGACAGCUUCGCGAUAUACAAGCAGACUAUUAUCAGAUGAAAUCGACGAGUCCAGCUGAUGCAGGAGUUCCGAUAACAACGCCUCGAAAAUCCCCCAUUCCCAAGAGACCCUUAAGACUAUAUUUUGAGGACGAGGAUCGUGGAUUUACGUUUACAGUUCCCGAAUAUCAAAGCCCAGAUCGGUUACAAUUUGAAACGCCACCGUAUUACACCACCAGUCCUGGAUCGCCGGCAUCGCCAAGCGAAUUUCCCGAUGAAUACGGUUUACCUAAACCAUUCACAUUUGCAAAGCUGCAACGGAUGAAACGGCGAACACCAAGUCCUUCGCCGCCGCAAGUAUCUCGUACCCCGCGCACUCCUUCACCAAGUCCUCAACGAUAUAAUGAAACUGAUGUUUUGACGGCGGCUAUUCCCCAGUUCGAGUUCCCUCGGAGCCCACCCAGAGAAUACCAGCAAGAGUUUCAGGCCGAAGUACCUCAGCAGGCAACUCGUUCCCCGCGUAGCCCUUUACCAAGUACUCGGCCGGAGUCAACGGCGAUGUCGGAAAGUCCACUACGCACGCCACCACCAUUUGUCCCACCAGAAUGGAGCAUUUCGCAUUUGCUGACAGAGGAUACAGAUAUUUUUGAAGAACCUUUUGAUUUUCCUUCAAGUCCUGAACCCAUACCUGAGAAAGGUUAUCAGUUACCAGUCUGUGAAGGAGAAGAUGAUAUAUUUUCUGAAGAAGCGCCACUUGAUUUAUUUGAUGAAUUAUUAAGUCCGGAUUCCCCUAAAACGCCACCACAAAAACGUAGGAUUCCCAAAAUGUCUGUAAGGUCACCUAAACGCCUUGAUGCGGUAACAACACGUCUCUUUGAAAAAGAAGAUGAACGCAUAGAAAGUCCCAUUAGUUCGCCUGAAUCUCCAAUCACUCUAAAGGCACGUUUAUAUCGAAGACCAGAUGAACCAUAUGAACGAUCUAAAGCAACUCGAGCCUCAAGACGACCGCGAGUGCGUGCCAUACGAGAGGUAUCGGAGGCUUAUGAUGAUAUUGACAUUCCAUUUUUACAAAGAGUGGAAGAUUCUCGAUCAAAAAUCAGGAGACGUCGAAGAAAGAUCGACAUGAACGUAUGUCACUUGGGAAAUGUAGCCGAGAGUCCGAUAGAGGUACCGUAUAUGGGUGAAGUUGAAGGUUAUUUGCCGGAUCUACCCUAUCCGGAAGAUCUAAUGGGGAGUAGUAGGUAUGAUGCAGCAGACCAAAUACGAAGAACACCAUUGGAUAUAACUCCUCCAAAAAACUUACCACCGCCCAUGUCCCCUCAGUCCAGAGUUUUACCUGGAUGGAGAACACCUCCUCAUCUUAGAACAGCUCCUCCAAAGAGACCACCACCAUUGUUGCCGGGUUUGGCGGAAAAUAUUCGACUACCCGCGGAAAAACGAGACAUUUUACAAUUAGAAGGAGACCCAUCAGAAAUGGCAUAUUCUCCACCGCCUAUCUCACCAGAAGAAGCGAUUCAAAUGAAAUCCCAGUUUCCUCAACCACUACGACAUUCUCCCCCAAGGACGCCGGUGAGAGUACGAGAAGAACUAAUUUUAGACGAAGAGCAAGAACCCGAGGAAAUGAUGUACGCGAGUCCAGUCGCCUCCCCUAAAACACCAUCCCCACCACGACCGCGCCCUCAAACUCCGGAAAGUCCGCCAGAAUCACCAUUGGCAUUCAGGCUUCGUGUUCAUAGAAGUGAGGCGCCGCCGUAUUAUAGCAGAGCGUCAAUGCCCGUAGUGGUAGGAAACAGGAAAGUAUCAGUGAAACGUCACUCUCAAAAGCCUAGGGUGCACUCUGUUAGAGAGAUUCCGGACGAUUAUCCCGAAGAUGAAGUUGUAUUUCUAUCCAAGGUAGAAUCUUCUAAAAAGAAUUUUACUAAACGAAUGAAAAAAAUUAAAAUAAGCAGACCUGCGUUGGACGAAAUUGGUGAAAGUCCUGUAAAAGUUCCGAACAUGUUCGAAGCUGAAGACCCGACUGGUGUGAGAUACGUGGUUGAAGAAAUCGAACGGAAACAUGCAGAUUUGCCCGACAUUGAUGUUCAGUACCCUGACGAUCUGAUGGGGUCGACAAUUCCAACCGCGCAGAUGCGUCGGGAAUAUACAACAAUGGACUGGACACCGCCCCGAGAUCUACCUUCACCUAUAAGGCCAACUGCGAAUGUUCCUUCGUGGGAUUCCCCUGUACGCAUGAAAACCAAUUCAGGUUUAUUACCUGGCAGAGCGGAAAAUGUACGGCUACCGAAAUAUAAGCGAGACAUUUUGGAAGAGGAAAUUCUUCCAGAUCUCCAGCUUUCACCUCCUCAACUAACCGACUUGGAAAGGGCUGAAAUGAGAGCGGCGUACACCCCAAAACCACCCCCGAUCGUUGCCCGUGAAGAAUCUCAUCAGCCACGCACUCAUCAAGCACCUAUCGAAAUGCUAGAUCUAAUCGAUGAUGAAACUCUUGAUGAAGACUUACAAUUAGAUGAUAUGCUGGCUGAAUCUCCUCCCCGUCCCCGUUCUCCUCAGAGGGAACCACCUGAAUCUCCUCCAGAAGAUCCAUUAGAUCUCCAUUUGCGCCUGUAUCUCGCAAACAUACCGGCGAGCUUACAGGAACCACUAGAAUAUACGGACGUGGUCGUAGGCGGUAGACAGCGCAGGAUACAACGGCGAUCAGCCGCUCCCAGAGUAAACACUUUAAGAGAAAUUUCUGAAGACUAUCCCGACGAAAUUACGCCGUUCUUGUCAAGAGUGGAAUCGGCAGGCAAACUUCCUAACAAACGUCGCAGACGAAUCCGAAAGACUAACUUGGAAAAAAAAAUGGAAAACGUAAUCUUGAUGGAGGAACCUCUCCACGUACCAACAAUGUUCGAGGCUGAUGAUCCUACCGGAUUUAGAAAAAUGCGGGAAGAGUUAGAAAGCCGGUUUAAAGACUUACCUGAAUUGCCAGAUGAAGGAUAUCCAGAUGAUCUGUUGGGACAGGCAAAGGGAGGUACUUGGGAAACAUCGCGCAGCAUUCUUGAUAUGGAAGAACCGAGAAAUUUACCUUCCCCCUUGCAACCACAAGGUCGUCUAUAUGGAUGGAAGACGCCACCGCAUUUAGCAAAACCCGAAGCGAAAUCGCAGUCACCGUUUAGAGUUAAGCUAAAACCGGAACUGCGCGACGUUUUGCUCGAGGAAAGGCCACCCGAGGAAAUGUUCAGUUUACCCCCAUCUCCUCCACAGACACAAUCGUACACGUCUCCACCUAGGAGACUUCGACAGUCUCCUGUAAAACGUGCUAGUCCUCUGGGAAAACCUUCACCGGUUUUAAGUCCAGUCUUAUCAUACACUCCGCCAAGAACUUUUGAGCAGAUAUCAUCUGCGCCAGAUCUUUUAGAUGAUGAAAUGCUGAUUGAAGAUGAUUACGAACCUGAUUCUCCUUUCGGUGCAACAAGUCUUCCACCGCACCCGCAAACACAAAGACGUCAAGCACCUCCAAGAUGGCAGAAACCAACGGCAGGUGGUAAAUUACUAGCGCGUGAGGCAGCUAGAGACGCUCGUAAGUUACUAAUGGAAGAAGAAGAAGGAGUGAUACCUUCUACAUCGGAAGGGCCCCAGAAAGAACCUGCAAAGAUUCAGACAAAGAAAAGCGGCAGUAGGUUACCAAUGAAGAAAGGAACUAGAGCCACACCACGCCCGGCGCGUCCUGCUGUUGGCGCCAGAAAGGUUCCGUCAGGAACUCGACCAAAACGGGACACCCGCAAGAUACCAGUAAAAGAAGACGUUAUUCCAGUUCCUACAGUUACCUCCAUCACCAAGGUGGAAAAAUCGAAGGAAAAAGUAACAAAAGAGACAGUACUAGAACAACGUAACGCAUGGCUUGACCGAAUUGAAGAACUGAUUAAAGAUGUGGGAGAUCCGCACAUUCCAAGGCCACGUCCACGAGAUAUUCCAAGAUUUUCUUUACCCGAAUGGUCCGAGUUGCCGUCGGCAGCGGAAUGGGAUGACAUUGAUUCGGAGAUUGAACCUGAGGACGUCUGGAUGUAUAGAUCACCAAAAACACCUUCGCCAGAAAAAUCGCGAAGUCCGUCGCCGCAUAAAAUGCGCACGCCAUCUCCCAGACAACGCACGCCAGUACGUAAUAUCUUCGAGAGCAAUGAGGGUGAAGAGUUUCUGGACGAUGCAAUGCUCGAGGAUCUCGAUCUGCAAGACGGUCCAAUGACACCUCCAACCCCUCCCCGACUGGAAGAUUUCUAUGAAGUUUACAGCCCACAAUCACCAGAUGAGUUCGAAGGGUUCACACAGUCUUUACGUGAGCAUCGGUAUACACCUCAGCAUUACGACGUUCCGAAAAGGAUGAUGAUGGCAAGAGUUCUCCAAGUGAAAAACAAGCGAGUACCUCUUAGGCAAUCCAAACGGCCCGGGGUUCGCACGGUUUAUGAAACCCGCGACGAGCAAGUAGUACAACCCGAACCUAAACCGAGGUACGAGGUUAAGCAGCACAGUCUCAACUUCGAGUCCCCGCCGAAACUGGCACCGGUGCCGAUGCCCGAAAAAUACGCAUACGACCCGUACAGCGAAAGAAUUGGCUACACGAGUCCACCGAGGUUCUACUCGUCUCCCGAACCGCUCGAGAAAAAACCGAACGUACAAAGACCCAAAACGCCGCCCAAUUACGAGUUGCCCCGGCCAGUUUAUUAUGGGUCGCCGGGGCGAGAAUUUGUACGAUCGCCUUUCGCGCAACGGAGAAGUCCGAGGCGCGCAUUACCCGAAACCGACUCGGACAUGGGGUACGAUCUACCCGUAGAAGAACACGAAUUGCCAAAUUUUGACGAGGAAUCUAUUCUGUUAGAAGCCGACGAGUUAAAUGAUGAUGACGUCGCGGGAUUUCAAUGGAUGGGGUAGGGAUUUAGUAAAUUUUUCGAGGUUAUUAGACAUAAUAAUUGUAUAAAGUAAGUAAAAAAAGAUGAAGAAGAUAUGUAAGUUAUUAUUUUGUUA